AUGCCUCUGGAAACAUUGAAUGAAGUUCCGGUGGAAUUUCCUAUGAAUAAUAGGGCUGUCUCGCUGCUGGACACCAGAGUUGCUUCUUCCUCGGAUGCAGAUCCCGAAAAAGCAUAUAAAAAUCUACUCUGGGCCUGUCGAAUCGGUGAUACUGACUUGGCCGAUUCGAUUACCCUAUUGCCCCAGCUUGACAUCAAUAAAGUCGAUGAAUGGGAUUAUCUGCCGCUCAUUCUUGCAUCUUUGUGUGGGCACUUACCCAUUGUGGAGAUGCUCCUAGCAAGAGGAGCAAUCUGUGAAAGAGACACUUUCCAAGGAGCUCGUUGUAUCUAUGGUGCUCUUACAGACGAUAUCAGAAACACGCUCUUGAGUUAUAACAUCACGAAGAAGACUGAUACGGAUCAACCUUUCCUGGCGCAUAUCUCCAGCUUAUUAUCGCCAUUGAUGGUGUCAUACGCUUGCAAAGACAUUGCUUUCGUGUUUCCACAUGAACGAGACAGAGAGUUACAGGUUUUGGUGGUCAAUCGGUUUCUUCUUGCGGCAAGAAGCUCAUAUUUUAGAGAGCGAGUCUUGCCCGGUGGUAUUUGGUGCUCUUUAUCCAAGAUCACCAUGCCUGCUGAGAUAGAUGCAACGAUCUUCAAGGCCGUGAUAGACUACUUGUAUCUUAGAACGGAUUUUUUGCCGCUCGAGAAGCCUCCCAUGCAAUUGCUACAGUACGCAUUGGACUUCAAUCUCGACCAUUUGCUCACAGCGAUUCUGUAUGAGGAUGAACUCAAACCAAAGGCUGUGAAGUCACGUCAAGACGCCGAGUUGCAGUUUGUAAAGGACGCAAGACUGGAUAUGGAAGGUUUUUUAGAGAGUCACAUUUUCCCCAAUGUCCUUGUAAAAUCUCUCGACGAUAUCGAUCUCAAGGAGCUCAAGUAUGGAAGUGAUCAAGACGACGAGGAAGAAGAGGAGGUUGACUUUGAAGAGCUCGAUGUUAGCAGAAUGCUUAGCUACGAGGAGCGCAAGCUGCUCAUGGAGUCAUCCGCCCUUCCAGAUGCAAUCUUGUGCUCCGUGGAUCUCGAGUCCAAUACCGUUGUGUUUUAUCCGGUUCAUCGAGCAAUGUUGGUGAGAGCUAAUCUCUAUCAGACCAUGGUCGAUCCCAACUGGUCAACAGAAGCAGCAGAGAUUCCAUUUGUUGAUUUUCAAGGCGACUACUCUGCUCCGAAAACGGUCGACAGGCCGUUAAUGGAACCACACCAUGUUCCUGUCAUUAGAACGUAUAUGGGUGCCACAAGAAGAAAAGUGCCGGAAGUAAUACUUCGCUUUUUAUACUAUAACGACUCUGUGGUGGUUGAGCCUGAGAUAGCCGUCGAGGUUCUUCUUGCGUCUGAUGAACUCAACAUUGAAAGACUUAAAUCCAUCAGUGUGUUGAGUCUUACAAAUUUUGUGGGAAGUUUUGCAUUGGAGAAAAUUGGUGAGCUUCCAUCAAAGGUUGGCUAUGAUGUGUUCGAACUUAUUGAGAUUUCAUGGCGUUUGCAAGCCGAACGGCUCGAGCAACACAUGACGAAGCUCAUUGCACACAACAUAGAGGCCGUCUUCGAGGAUAAAAAGCUCCGGAGCAAGCUCUUACAGUUGAUCAAAGCCAGUGCCCAUAGAAUUCAGGAGCGUCAAUCUACGGAUACUAUCGAGUUGGUGGAUGAUAUGCGGUACUACUUGGCCAAGAAGUACGCUGUGUAUGACGAAUUCACCAACUUGGAAGGUAUUGGUGCCACUUUGAACCCCAAUAUGGCCGAGCCAGAAGAUAACCGGACCUUCAAAGCAGCAUUGCUUGAUUACGAGUACGACGUCAUGAUUGUGGAUAAGCUUUUAGACGAAUUGGGCUUGGACGCCUAA